GGCGGCCGCCCGAGCCACGUGCGCCCGCGCCCGGCAGGCGUUCAGGGAAGCGCGGCCACGCCUGGGCCGGCCACCAUUUCCCGGGCGCCGCGGCGGCGCCGACUCGCGGGCAGCGGCCCCUCCGUGCGCCCAGCCUGGCCCCCGAACGCCGGGAGCAUGAGCGCGGGCUCGGAGCGCGGGGCGGCGGCGGCCCCCGGGGGGUUGCCCGCGCCCUGCGCCUCGAAGGUGGAACUGCGGCUCAGCUGCCGGCACCUGCUGGACCGCGACCCGCUCACCAAGUCCGACCCCAGCGUGGCGUUGCUGCAGCAGGCGCAGGGCCAGUGGGUGCAGGUGGGCAGAACCGAGGUGGUCCGGAGCAGUCUGCAUCCCGUGUUCUCCAAAGUCUUCACCGUGGACUACUAUUUCGAGGAGGUGCAGAGGCUGCGCUUUGAGGUAUACGACACGCAUGGGCCCAGCGGCUUCAGCUGUCAGGAGGACGACUUCCUGGGGGGCAUGGAGUGCACCCUGGGGCAGAUUGUGGCCCAGAAGAAAGUGACCCGCCCGCUGCUGCUCAAGUUUGGCAGGAACGCCGGCAAGUCCACCAUCACGGUGAUCGCCGAGGACAUCUCGGGGAACAACGGCUACGUGGAGCUCUCCUUCCGGGCCAGGAAGCUAGAUGACAAGGACCUCUUCAGCAAGUCCGACCCCUUCCUGGAGCUCUUCCGGGUCAACGACGACCAGGGCUUGCAGCUGGUGUACAGGACGGAGGUGGUGAAGAACAACCUGAACCCUGUAUGGGAGCCCUUCAAAGUCUCGCUGAGCUCCCUCUGCAGCUGUGAGGAGACAAGGCCUCUGAAGUGCCUGGUCUGGGAUUACGACUCUCGAGGAAAACAUGACUUCAUUGGAGAAUUUACUACCACCUUCGAGGAGAUGCAGAAGGCCUUCAGGGAGGGACAGGCCCAGUGGGACUGUGUGAAUCCCAAAUACAAGCAGAAGAGACGCAGUUACAAGAACUCGGGGGCCGUCGUCCUGGCUGACCUGAAGUUCCACAGGGUGUACUCCUUCCUGGACUACAUCAUGGGCGGCUGCCAGAUCCACUUCACCGUGGCCAUUGACUUCACCGCCUCCAACGGAGACCCGCGGAACAGCUGCUCCCUGCAUUACAUCAACCCUUACCAGCCCAAUGAGUACCUGAAGGCGCUGGUGUCCGUGGGAGAGAUCUGCCAGGACUAUGACAGCGACAAGAGGUUUUCCGCUUUGGGGUUUGGAGCCCGGAUCCCGCCCAAGUAUGAGGUGUCCCAUGACUUUGCCAUCAAUUUCAACCCUGAGGAUGAUGAGUGUGAAGGCAUCCAGGGCGUGGUGGAGGCCUACCAGAACUGUCUGCCCAGGGUCCAGCUCUACGGCCCCACCAACGUGGCGCCCAUCAUCUCCAAGGUGGCACGCGUGGCGGCGGCCGAGGAACGCACUGGGGAAGCCUCUGUAGGUGCCCGGGGGGCGUGGUGCAUGCGUGGUGCAUGCGUGGUGUGGGGUCGGCUAUGUGUGCACCAACGCCUGGACAUUAGGGAGGCAGCCAGGCAGAGGGAACAGCCAGCACAGAGGCCCCGAGGCAGAACAACUCAGGAGGGCGGGGGCCCAGCUGGUUGACUGCGUCUGCAUCAAAGCUGCAGGUGUCUCGGGCACAGGGCUGUCCGUCGCCUCACAGGGUCACGGCCACAGCUCCAGCGAGGCUGCCCCCUCCUCUUCCUCUGGGCACCACAGGGCCACACACGUGUCUACUGUUUGGCUGUACGUGCAUUGUCAUUUUGUUUACGUGUGUCUUUACUUUGCAUGAAUGAUCGGGCGCCGAGAACUGCGCUGGGCUCUACUCUGCCACCGUGUUCUGUGGCCCUGUAUGUGUUGCUGGGGCCACAACCAGCGUGUUGCUUUUUUUUUUUUUCUUUUUUUCUUCUUUUUUUUUUGAGACAGAGUCUCGCUCUGUCACCCAGGCUGGA